UCCGUGCGUCCAGAGGCGAAAUGCAAUCGGGACCUCAACUCAAAGACCGCUCUCAAGUUGCCCGCCGUGGGGUUACGGCCUUCUGCUCGCAACAUCCGCCAGCUUUACGAGCCUCUCCACUCCUUUUCAGCCUCUGCGGCACCUACAAGCCAUACUAUGCUUUCCUCCGCGAGGACAGGCGCCUCGCUGGCGCUGCGAGCAAGGCCAACGAGCCAACUCGUACCCUUCCGUGCCGCGGCCGCGAUUUCGUCCUCCUCCCGUAAAGAUGCUGCGAGCGCCGUCCAGCCGCAUGCCGGAUACGGUCUCGCCCGGCGCGAGCGCAGGGAAGUCCCGCUCCCCAGCCAGGAGGGCACCAAGGGCGUAGUGCAAUAUGCGCUCACAACCCUCGACCAGAUAACUAACUGGGCGCGCCAGUCGUCCCUCUGGCCCAUGACCUUCGGGCUGGCCUGCUGCGCCGUCGAGAUGAUGCACCUUUCGACCCCGCGCUACGACCAAGACAGGCUGGGAAUCAUUUUCCGUGCCUCGCCGCGGCAGUCCGACGUCAUGAUUGUGGCCGGGACGCUCACCAACAAGAUGGCUCCGGCGUUGCGCCAAGUGUACGACCAGAUGCCCGACCCGCGCUGGGUUAUCAGCAUGGGUUCGUGCGCGAACGGCGGCGGCUACUACCACUACAGCUACAGCGUGGUUCGGGGUUGUGAUCGGAUCGUGCCCGUGGAUGUUUACGUGCCCGGCUGCCCCCCGACGAGUGAGGCGCUGAUGUACGGGAUUUUCCAGCUGCAGAGGAAGAUGCGGACUACUAAGAUCACAAGGAUGUGGUACCGGAAGUAGAAUGGAGAUGGUGGGUUAGUGGGAGGGUUAUUCUGGGGUUGUGGGACGGGAUACAUCUGGGAGGACGCCCGAGACUACAAAGCAGGUGGGGCGGUUGGCGAAGAUUGCUUGCCGGAUGCUUUGCCUUUCGUCUUCCUCAUCAUCCCAGGUGUACCGACUCUGUAUAUACGUCUGGAAUCAUCUGAGCAGCAAUCCGUCUCGAACUGUACAGUAUGCAGAGAUUUGACUUGUACCGGGUCGGCGGUUGAGUUAUUUGUUUCCCAACGCUGUCCAGGUUUAUUCUGACCAGCUCUGCGAAUCAAUUUGGGG